AGCUCUGGCCAGUUGUCAUUCGGUUCUCAUCGCAAGCGGACCGACCACGUGAACUAGUUUCGGUUUUCACUGAUUGCAUCACUUGCAGUUCGGACUAUCCUGAGUCGAGCCCAAGGAGAUCCCCGACUCACACUUGGAAUAUCCACACAAUGGCUGCCGGUGUCUUCAAGAGCCUUAUUCGAGACUUCUUUGCGGUGAAAUACGACGAGCAGCUGAACGAUCCCCAAGCGGAGCGACUGGAUGGCAAUGGAGGGCACUAUCCCAAUUGCUCCUCGGAUGUCUGGCUGCGAUCCUGCGAGCGUGAGAUAGUGGAUCCCAUCGAGGGACAUCAUAGUGGCCACAUUCCGCGAUGGAUUAGCGGCAGUCUGCUGCGCAACGGACCCGGCAGCUGGAACGUGGGCGACGUGACCUUUGGCCACCUCUUCGACUGCUCGGCACUGCUCCAUCGAUUCGCCAUCAAGAAUGGACGUGUGACCUACCAGAAUCGAUUUGUGGACACAGAAACGCUGAGGAAGAAUCGUUCUGCCCAAAGGAUCGUCGUCACAGAGUUCGGAACGGCCGCUGUGCCGGAUCCCUGCCACUCAAUCUUUGACAGGUUUGCUGCCAUUUUCCGACCGGACAGUGGCUCGGACAACUCGAUGAUUUCCAUCUACCCCUUUGGGGACCAGUAUUACACCUUCACAGAGACACCAUUCAUGCAUCGAAUCAAUCCCUGCACUCUGGCCACCGAGGCUCGGAUCUGCACCACCGAUUUUGUGGGCGUGGUGAACCACACUUCGCACCCGCACGUCCUGCCCAGCGGCACCGUCUACAACCUGGGCACCACAAUGACCAGAUCUGGGCCGGCUUACACCGUCCUCUGUUUUCCGCAUGGCCGGCAGAUGUUCGAGGAUGCACAUGUGGUGGCCACGUUGCCCUGCCGCUGGAAACUGCAUCCCGGUUACAUGCACACCUUCGGCUUGACGGACCACUACUUCGUGAUUGUGGAGCAGCCGCUGUCCGUAUCCCUGACGGAGUAUAUCAAGGCUCAGUUGCAUGGACAGAAUCUCUCCGCCUGCCUCAAGUGGUUCGAGGAUCGGACGACGCUCUUUCACCUCAUCGACAGGACCUCGGGAAAACUGGUGCAGACGUACGAAUCGGAGGCCUUCUUCUACCUGCACAUCAUCAACUGCUUCGAGCAGGACGGGCAUGUGGUGGUGGACAUUUGCUGCUACAGGAAUCCCGAGAUGAUCAACUGCAUGUACCUGGAGGCCAUAGCCAAUAUGCAGACGAAUCCCAAUUAUGCUACCCUCUUCCGGGGACGCCCUUUGCGAUUUGUCCUGCCUCUGGGAACGGUUCCCAGGGCGAGUUCUGGGAAGCGGGGACUGGUCAAGUCCUUCUCCCUGGCUGGGAUCAGUUCUCCGCCGAUUUCCCGCACCAUGAAACACUCGGUAUCGCAGUUUGCGGACAUUACCUACAUGCCAACAAACGGCAAGCCGGAGAAUUCCGGUGAGGAGAGCCCCAGCAGAGAUUCCAAACGGGGUCGCUAUGAGCAGGAGAAUCCGAUGAAUCUGGUGACUCUGGAGGGCAGUCAGGCUGAGGCUUUUCAGGGAUCCGCCGGAAUCCGACUGCGUCCGGAAAUGCUCUGCGAUUUGGGCUGUGAGACGCCGAGGAUAUAUUAUGAGCGGUACAUGGGCAAGAAGUAUCGCUACUUUUAUGCCAUCAGCUCCGAUGUGGAUGCCGAGAAUCCGGGAACGCUCAUCAAAGUGGAUGUGUGGAAGAAGACCUGUCUGACCUGGUGCGAGGACAAUGUCUAUCCCAGUGAGCCCAUUUUUGUGCCCUCACCAGAUCCCAAAUCCGAGGACGAUGGCGUCAUCCUGGCCUCCAUGGUGGUGGGUGGUCUCAACGAUCGCUAUGUGGGCCUGAUCGUCCUGUGUGCCAAAACCAUGACCGAACUGGGUCGUUGCGACUUUCACACCAAUGGACCGGUGCCCAAGUGCCUCCAUGGAUGGUUUGCCCCCAAUGCCAUUUAGCACCGUAUUUCUAUUUCAAUGUAUGUAAAGAUCAUUAAACUUGGGGUUAAUGUUCUUAUUGCCCGCCCAGUAUUACGCAUAGCAGUAGACUAGUGACUUUUGUAUUAGCUUAAAACUUGGGAUUCAAAACGUUUGCAAUAAACUCAUGCCACUUGCGCUGGAACACCCG